AUGGAAUCUAGCUAUACAGCUUUUAUUUUGUCUGUCGAUGUGUUUACAAACUUUAGUAUUAUCGCUGCUUUAGUUGUAUUUUUCUGGCGUGGAACCUGGGAUAUGUUAGAUUUGUUUUUACUCCCAACAAACUAUGAACUUAGCCUGUGGAUAUCGUGUCUUGGUGGCAAUGUUCUACUCCUGAUGAUGACAAUGCUUCAGGACACUUUAAAUAUGCUUCUGACUCCCGAAAACCUUUCUUCGUUUGGGUUGUGUGUCGUAACCAGGGUACACGCCUACCUUGUGGCUACGUUAUACGUUUGUCAGUGGCGAGGACUCUGGGGGUUACUGGAAUGUUACGGAAUCAACUACUGGAUUGCUUAUUUGGUGUCCUUUCUGGCCCUUUCUAUUUUUGGACGUAUGGGUCAAGCCACUGGACCACCUUUAGUGGUCAUGCAUGAUUCGGACAAACGGGACUAUUUUACGGUAAUUCCCAUUAAGCGAAACGAUGACUCCGACAAUAGAUCGGGAUGGAUUGCAGUCUUCGCUGAGACGGGGUUUAACCUUGUCUUCUGUAACACUUGUUCAGCGUAUUGGCACGGUCACUGGAGUGUCGCGGAUGUUUACCUAUAUCCUGAGGAUUCGGUAUUGUCGGCUUAUUUUUCUCUUGCAAUGAGUAUAUUUUUGGCAAUACCGAUUCUAACUGGUGAACGUUCUGUCCGAAUUUUCUGCAGAGAUAAACAUAGAUUUUACAUAGUGCGGAAGUUGGUGGAGAAAGCAUACCAUGUUGUAGCGUCACUAGUAAGUAUACAUUAUUGGAGAGGCGUUUGGUUACUACAAACAACUUCGCUUCUACCAGACAACCCUAAACUAAGCACCAUCAUCUCACAUGUGGUAGGGUUUUCCGGCCUGAUGAUGCUGUGCGUUUCCAGGACUGCAGUAGGCGCUGAUGUUUUUGAUGACGAAGAUGUUUACGGGAGAAAGCCUGCGUUGUUUACAUAUGCAUUUAUUGCCAGGAUGUGUAAAACAAAUGACAAGAAUUCUAAUGAUAUUCGAGCGCACGGUUUGUUCGAACCUGUAACUACCACCGGACAUUGA